AGUCCACAAUCUAUAAAGUAUUUAUUCAUAGAUCGUUAUACAGCAAAAUAAGUAAAAAUGGCGGCCGCAGUGGAUUCUGUUAGAGAAAAAGCCCUUCAAGAUUAUAGAAAAAAGUUAUUAGAGCACAAAGAAGUUGAGUCUCGUCUCAAGGAGAUGCGAGAGCAUCUCAAAGAUCUUACAAAGCAGUAUGACAAAUCAGAAAAUGAUUUAAAAGCCUUACAAAGUGUUGGUCAGAUUGUUGGAGAAGUUUUAAAACAACUCACGGAAGAAAAAUUUAUUGUAAAAGCUACAAAUGGACCACGUUAUGUUGUUGGAUGUAGACGUCAAUUGGAUAAAAAUAAACUUAAAUCUGGAACUCGAGUUGCUCUUGACAUGACGACACUCACAAUAAUGCGUUAUUUACCCCGUGAAGUGGAUCCUCUCGUUUAUAAUAUGUCUCACGAAGAUCCAGGUGACGUGACAUAUUCCGCAAUUGGCGGUUUAAGCGAGCAAAUUCGUGAAUUACGCGAGGUAAUUGAAUUACCACUUUUAAAUCCUGAACUUUUCCAAAGAGUAGGAAUUACACCACCCAAGGGUUGUUUGCUUUAUGGUCCGCCAGGAACGGGAAAAACAUUACUCGCCCGAGCUGUGGCAAGUCAAUUGGAUGCAAAUUUUUUAAAAGUCGUUUCCAGUGCAAUUGUCGACAAAUAUAUUGGCGAAUCGGCCCGAUUAAUUAGAGAAAUGUUCAAUUAUGCACGUGAUCAUCAGCCGUGUAUUAUAUUUAUGGAUGAAAUUGACGCGAUUGGUGGACGUAGAUUUUCCGAAGGUACAAGUGCCGAUCGUGAAAUACAACGAACACUCAUGGAAUUGUUGAAUCAAAUGGAUGGUUUCGAUUCUUUGGGACAAGUGAAAAUGAUAAUGGCAACGAAUCGACCUGACACUUUGGAUCCCGCUCUUCUACGACCUGGAAGACUCGAUCGAAAAAUAGAAAUUCCACUGCCCAAUGAACAAGCAAGAUUGGAAAUUUUGAAAAUUCACGCUUGUCCCAUAGCUAAACAUGGAGAUAUUGAUUAUGAGGCUGUAGUAAAACUAUCUGACGGUUUUAAUGGCGCUGAUUUAAGAAACGUAUGCACAGAAGCAGGUUUAUUUGCAAUUCGUCUUGAACGUGAAUAUGUAGUGCAAGAAGACUUUAUGAAAGCGGUGAGAAAAGUAUCCGAUAAUAAGAAACUCGAAUCUAAAUUGGACUACAAGCCAGUGUGAAAUUACUGAAAAAAAAAAAUUGUCGUUACAUUAAAAAUAAAAUUAAUUUCUCCUGUAACUGCGACAAAACUAACUCUACAAUAACUUUUAUAAAUACAAUUGUAAGUAAUAACAAAAAGGCUUAUACAAUUAUACACAUUUAAUUUAUAAACAGUCUUUAAUCUAA